AUGAGUUUACUCAAAGAUAUAGCAAAUGCUGUUAGUUUUUAUUGCAUUAGUAAUAUAUUCUAAGAAGAGAUUGGAAAACAAUUGAAGAGUUUUUUGAUGAAUCUGAUUUAAUUCCUAUUGCAUAUCCUUGAAUAUCUUAGGUUCAUAAAGCAAAAUUAAAGAAUGUAGAUAUUGUUGUUGUAAAAGUUUAAAAACCAAACAUUAAGAAAUAAUUUUUUAAUGGUAUCAAAUUUUCUUUAGAGUAUUGUAAUAUGUAUUUGAGAUGCAUAUCUUAUAAUUUUAAGAAUCAGUUCAAUCUAAAUUAUAAAAAGAAAUUGAUUUUAGAAUUGAAUAUUAAAAUUAAGAAUUAUGUAGAAGAAGAGCAUUAUAAAUAAUAGGAAGAAAAGUUAUUCACAUUCCUAAAUAUUAUAAAGAAUUGAAUACAUAAAGAAUACUAAUUUCAAAGUGGAUUGAAGGAAUUACAAUAUCCCAUCAAGAUAAAAUUAAAAAGCUAGGUUUUAAUACAAAAUAACUUAUGAAUAAUGUAAUAUGUUAAGUUACUAAAGAAGACGAUGUUAUGAAAUUAUAAUUAAAAAUGAAAGAAGAAAUCAAAGAGAUGAUGAAAUAGACUGAUUUGUUUCCAAAGGAUUUAAUACUCGUCAACAGAAAUAUGAAUCUGUUUAGAUCUUUCAAUAAAAGAUGUGACAGCCUUAUAAACAGAAUUAAUAUUAUGGUGAGAUAUACCUAACAAGGCACUCAAUAAUUAAAUGAAUUACUUUAAACUUAAUAGUACAAUAAAAAACUUCUUUCAAGUUUAUGCUUGAACUCAGAUAAUGUGUAGUUGAAUUUAUGUAUGUAUUUCUCUCAAUCUGGUUAAAACAGAGAAACAACUAAAAAAUUGGAAGACUUCCUAGAACAAAAGUAAAAGUGA